UGAAACCCAGAGGGAUUCCUCAUCUGCUGUACCAGCGUCUACGAGGUGCGUCUCUCCUCAGGCCGAAGACAAGCCAGGCGGAGUGACUGCACAUGAGUCCGACUGGGAUUCCUCUGAAGCCGAUAACCAAGCCGACCCCGGUGCUAAACGUGACGCCGCCUCGCCAGCAGCUGUCAACACAGACGGUGAGACCAAAGAGACGCACAAAUGCUCCUCAGAAGGAGAGGAAGAGGACGAUAUCGAGAAAGAAUCCCGUGAGCCCUUCCGCUCUAGCGUCGGUGCUUGAGUACGAAUGCACGAACAAACAGAUCCUCGAGGACGGAGAGCCAGCAGCUUCUGCCUGGCGAACGGAUGAAGAGUCCCGAAACGAGGAGGGGGACAGCAGCAGUUGGGACGACGACGACGAAAGUGACGACUUAGAGAAACAAACGACGACCCCGCGCCCAGGUGCCAGCUCGCCUUCGCUGACACCUGAACACAGACGCUCAGCAGACAGGGGAGAAGCAGAAGAAACCAAAACAUGCAGCGCUCAGACGGGAGGCGACGACGAAGGGAUACCGUGUUCCCUUAUCGAUGGGCAUUACGACGCCGAAGAGGAAUCCCCGGCUCAGGGAGCCAAGCUGGCCGUGGAUGAAAUCCGGAGCAAGGACGACGAGUCGAGCGAGGAUUCUGACAGCAAGCAUCAGAAGCUCCAGUAUGACUUUGCCAGCGCGACGGUCAAACUGCUGGAUGGCCCGGCCGGUCUACGCGCAGACGUAGGUGGGAAGUCAGUCGACGAGAGCGAAGCUAGAUUAACAUCGUACGCCCCGCUUGAAGAUGAAACGGUGAGUGUUACCAGAACCGGAGAGCCCUGCGACGGAGGGCUGAGGAGGGGAACCGUCUCUUCCAGCCCACCCAGCAACCAAAUAGAGGCGUCUGACGAAGCCUUGCCCCAGACGGACAUCGACGACGUGGACCUAAGCUCACCUGAACGAUCCGAGAACACGAGCCCGAGACGGCAUGAGCUAAAAAGCGCUGACGAGGCUGAAGUUCAGGAACAAAAUUCCACUGAAGAUGAGUGUGACAACGACGAGGAAGAGGAGCAAGAGUUCAAUGGAGACGAUGAAGGAGACACAUCAGAUGAGGACAACCUAUCUGAGGAUGGUGGGGAGCUCCAUGAUGGAGCUUCAGCCGCUCACGACGCAGAAGUUGGUAAAGAUAAAAAAAGAGAUUUUAGGUCAGAGCUGGGUCUGGAGAAAGGGGAAGAAGAAAGUUCCUGGGACUCCGAGUCAAACUCUGAACUUUCCAACAUACCGCAUAAAGAAGAGCACGAUCUGGAUGGCCUACAUCUGGAGGAGACAUCUGCUGUGGAAGAGCCACUCAAAGAAAACAUGUUUUACAUCCCUUCUUUUUUAAGAGGGAAAGGAGGCAGUAGGAUGGCAGAGCUAGAGCCUGGCAAGAGUGCAGGCAUGCCACAAGGCAGCCAGGGCGAGGCUGGAGGCAACAGUAGCGACGACCGAGGGAGCCUUGCUCACGAAGGCAACGCUCUACAGAUAAAGAAGGAGAGUCCAAAACGGGAGCCGCUCAGUGUUUUCAGCAAACCCAAAGAAGAUGCCGACAUAAUGGAAGAGCUCGGAGUAGGCGACGUUGAUGAUCUGGAAGCAAAAAAAGCAGACGGCUCAGACUGGGAUUCCGCCAGUACUGUCAGUAAGAGAACCCUGCCUGGGUGGAAGAUGCCCUCCUUCGGGUUUGAAGAGUUUCAGGAAGAUGGCAACCCGUCUGGUAGUGCACAGAAAGAAGAGCCCGCUCUUCCCCCGCCCUCCACCCCUCAGAGGAGCCUCAGCUCUGGCACAAGCCAGCCCAGCACACCCUCCAAAUCGGCUCCGCAGCCCCAACCUCGUGCGAGGAAGACGAUUCUUCAGCAACCAGACAGCCAAGAAGAAUCAGACUGCGAGCAAGAAACGACUAGAUGCGCCCAAGAAGCAUCCCCUCCUGACAAUCAGCUGCAAAAUGUCCCCGAGCCCCCGGCAGCGGUCGAACCAGGUAUGGCUGAGCUCUCGCUGAUGGCAGGACACGCUAAAGGUAGCCUGGAUUCUGAAGAGCAGCAAGAAAAGGCGAAAGAUGACGCAGUAGACGGACGCGGGUUAAGUUCGCGCAGCUCGGCCUACGCAGGCUCUGACGCCGCAGAGAGGGACGACGAUCGCCCCGAAGAAAGGCUCGGCGUGGGAGAACCGCCGUGGGAGAACCGCUACGAGAAACUCUGGGUAGAGGUGGAGAAGAGGGAAGUGAAAUCCACCUAUAAGAGCGUGGCUGCCGAGUUAAAAGAGAGGUUUGGGGAGCUUUCUGAGUCAGGCCGUCCUGCGGGCGACCCUCCGGAGGACGCUACCCCCGCCUCCAGCUCUGCAGAUGAAGAGUCAAGUGACGAAGGGGAGGGAGAGGUGAUUGUUCGCCCCGCGGCCAGAGCUAGAAGCGCCGUUCUCCUCACCAUCCCCGAGCAGAGGGAGUCGGGACAGGAGGAGUCCGUGGCGGAGUCGCCUGACAACUCCUUGUGGGACGAAAGGUCAGCCGUGGGCGCCGCUGCUCCAUCGCAGCUCCCCGCUGCGCAGGAUCAAAGCGAAGGCCAUGCCGAUCGCCACGCCGGACCUUUUAGCGGCAGGACGAGCCCCGCUGCCGACUCUGUCGCCCAUCUCCACGGAGCUGGAGGGAGCAGCGCGGGUUCUGAGGGCGAGGUUGAAGAAAGCCCGAUGCCUGAGCCGGCCUCACGAGACACACGUCCCGUCGUCUCCGGCGGAGAAGGACGUGGUGAAGAGGACGUGACGAAGUGUAACCCUGAGACCGGCAGCACGACGGCGACGGCGGCGGCUACAGUGGAGGAGCAGAGGUGGCGUACUUCCUGGGACGGCGGUGACGCAGCAGUGGAAAAAAUACUUGGUUCUAAGAAACCCGAGACCGCUUUAGGUAGCCUGUUGAAUCGAGCCGACGGAUCUCAUCAGGACCAGCAGCCUGUUCCUGCCCAGAGCGCCAGCAGAGCUCCGGUCCAGCACGGCUGCGGUAGCAGGAAGCAGGAGAGGCCGGCUGUAGAAGGAGCAUUACAGCUGGAGCCGAAGGUCCGAGGGGCCCGGCCCGUCAGAGCCCCUCAGACCGGCAAACGUGUUAACGGAGACCCCUCCUCUGUGUUUGAUGAUAGCUCUUUAAGUGACUUGUCGGACGAUGAAGCAAGGUUGACCACUAGAGGGCAGCAGAGGAGCAAGAUCCAGACACCCGAGGAGAUGGACAUGGCCGAAGAUUUGGAUGAACUCACCCAGUCGUCAGACACAGCCACAGAUGACAUGGACUCCCCCACUUCAGGCUACCGUCAUGCGUCCCUCCUCAUCCAGAAGCUGGAUUCGUCCACUUUGGACUCAACGAGCAUCACGAAGCUGCAGAACAUCUUCCACGAGUAUGAGCGCUCCAUUGAAAAAGCGCGCAGCCGCCACGGCUACCUGGCAGAGAAGGUGAGCCAGCUGGAAGUGGAACGGGCGGCGCUGAAGAGCUCACUGGAGGAAGUUAAAGACGUCAAGUCUCUGCUGGAGCGCAACCAGCUGGAGUUACAGACCGAAGUCACAAACCUGAAGUUCCAGCUGAAACAGGAGCAGGAGAAUCGGCACAACGCCACCAUGAUGUACAACACUACCAGAGACAAGCUGAGGAGGAUGGAGGAGCAGCACCAGUUCGAGGUCCAGGAGCGGCAGAAGGUAGAGCUGACGCUGCGAAACCUGGAGCUGGAGACCAGGACGCUGAUCAGCAACAUGAAACAGCUUGAAGAGGAGCACAGUGAGACCCAGAGGUUGCUGGCUCAGGAGCGCAGCUCACGGGCCCUGCAGGAAAACCUGCUCAGCGGUCACCUCCGAAAGCAGCAGGAGAUGGAGGCGGAGAACAGGAGAAGCGUCAGCAGAAGCAACGAGGCGCUGUCCCAGCUGACGGAGGCCAGCGACAGGGAGCGGGAGCUGCUCCAGCAGACCACCUCCUUGCAGGAGCAGCUGUCCAUGCUGCGGGCGGACCUGGAGCGGUCGCAGGCAAGCAGCAGUCUGAAGGAGAGCCACCUGGUGGAGGAGAACGAGACCCUCAGGGAGCAGCUGGAGGACGUGCGGCGGGACCUGAAGCUGAGCAACGAAGCCGUGACGCAGACCGUGUUCACCUGCAACACGCAGCUGGCGGCCCUGAAGUCCGAGCUGGCCAAAACGGCCAGCCGGCUGGAGAGCGAGCGGCAGGCGCGCGAGGCGCUGGAGGCCGAGGCCGAGUCCACGCGCGGCCGCCUGGCCGGAGCCGUGAAGGAGGCGGAGCUGCGCCUGGCGGCUCACUCGGACACGGAGAAGGCUCUGCUCAGGGAGAAGGAGGAACACCAGCGGCUCAGAGACCGGCUCACAGGUGAGCUAGCCUCUCAGCGCGAGGACGUCAGCAGCCUGUCACAGAAGCUGGCCAAGGCCGAGGCUCGGGCGAACAGCAUGGAGAACGAGGUCCACCGGGUCACUCUGCAGCUGACGGAGAAAGGCCUGCUGCUGGACGUCCUGCAGAGGGAGAAGGACCAGGCGGCGGCGCGCGCCAAGGAGCUGGAGAACGACCUGCAGGCGGCGAGGGAGCAGGGCGGCCGCGCAGGGGCGCGCCACGAAGCCGCGCAAGAACGGCUCGCCCAAGCCCAGAGCGAGGCCAUGUUGCUGCGGCAACAGCUGGAGGAGUCCCAGAACAAAGGCGACGCCAAGGAGCGCGCCGUCACAGACGCCCAGGAGCGCUUCAGCGACAUCCUGUCCAAGCUGCGCUCCGACUGUGAGGAGAGAGUCCAGCUGGUGGAGGACAGGAAUAAGGAGCUCGCUGGCAAGGCCGCCGAUCUUCGCGAUCAGAUCUAUAAGUUGGAGGAAGAGAAGAAUGAGCGGGAGGCCAGCGUCAGGCAGCUGCAGCAGGAGCUGGCCGACUCGCUCAAGAAGCUGUCCAUGUGCGAAGCCUCCCUGGAGGUCAACACGCGCUACCGCAGCGACCUGGAGGAGGAGAAAGCUCGGCUCCUCAAGGACUGCGACAGGCUCAGGGGAAAGCUGGAGGAAAGUGAAGAUCAGUACGUGCAAGCGGAGCGCCGCAUCAACGGUCUGAAGAGCAGUCUGGGCGAAAGGGAAAAGGAGCUGAGCAGCGCCUCUCAGAAACUCCAGGAGGCGCUGUCUGCCUCCGCAGCCUCUGAAAUCACCAUCAAGCAGCUGGAGGAGGCUGUGCAAAGGCUGGAGAUUGAGAACGCCAGACUAGAAGCUGCUGCAAAACAACAGUCCAAUAAAAUAGAGGCUCUGCAGAAAGGUGCCCAGGAAGCUGCCAUGCUAACUGACUGCUCACCUGGAGGAGGGGUCCGUGGACAUUUGGAGGACUUGGUAACAAAUCUCCAAAGUAGCAAGAUGACUUUGGAGGAGCAGCUGAAUAAAGAGGUGCAGAGACAGAGCAUGCUGUCUCACACCGCCCAGGACUCUCAGGCCCUGUGGGAGGAAGAGCUGAAGAGCCGCUCCAAGCUAGGACUGCGCCUGGCCGAGCUGGAGAAGGAGAAAGGGGAGCUCACCGCCCAGAUGGAGAUGGAAAAGAAGAAGGCCAAGAAGGUGGGCGAGCAGAAGAAGGCCGUCGACGCGCGCCUCGAUCAGGAGAUGAAGAGAAACGUGGAGCUUCAAAAAGAAAUGUACAGGCUGCGCACUUUACUGAAAACGGCCAAGAAGAAGCUGCGGGAUCACGAGGCGGGGGGAGGUGAGCUUGCCUCUCCGAUGAACUCUCUGCGGAUGGACCUGGGCCGACACCACCAGGCGGACGGUGCCUUCGGAUGGAUGAAGGACAAGGUGGAGGAUCUGCAGGGGCAGCUGGAGAAGGAGACGUGUCGACGCGACCAGCUGGAGAAGCUGAACGAGCAGCUGAGGGACCAGGUGGCCUCCCUGAAAGGCUCGGGCCGCAGGAACGACGAGCUGGAGAGGAGCAAGAGGCAGCUGGAGGAGGAGGUGCUGGAGCUGAGGCGGCGGACGGAGGCGGCGCAGACGGACCAAAGCCAGGCGGAGCGGUACCGCCGCGAGGCCGAGGAGAAGGCCCGGCAGGAGAUCCAGCAGAAGCUGGAGCAGGUCAACCUCUUCCUCCAGUCCCAGGCCGCCUCUCAGGAGGCGCUGGAUCAGAUCAAAGCUGCCAACGAGGCCAACCUGCGCUGCCAGCUGGAGCAGAAGAUCCGGGAGCUGGAGGGGGAGCUGGGCCGAGCCCGCUCCAGUCAGCUGGACAGCCUGAGCCAGAAGGAGUCCGCGCGCUCCGAGCUGGAGCGCUACCGAGGGCUCUACGCCGAAGAGACGCGUCUCCGCAAGUCGCUCGCCACUAAACUGGAGAGGGCCAACGGUCGGCUCGCAGAGGCCAACUCCAAGCUGCUGAGCGAGCGCAGCAGGUCUCUGAUCACGGGCAACAUGACCAACGGCAGUCUGGUGGGGCCUCCCCUGGACCUGAGCUCUCUGGGCCCCCCCGCCAACCCCGGGGCCACACUCGGCUCCCUCAGCAGGGGCUUUGGAUUCCCGCUCCUCGGUGCCGUGCCGGACGGACAGAACCGCAGGGUGGAGGACUACCUGGCUAAGAUGCAGAGCGAGCUGGAUAAAAACAUAUCGAAGGAGCUGAGCAACGCAGCCGCAGAGCUGGACGCCGCCUCGACCCGCUUGUCCCCGGUGGGCUCCGCCUCCGGGGUGGAGCUGGACCCCCUCAGCAGAGCGGCACAGCAGUAUUUGGAGGUGCUGAAGAAGAACCACAGGAUCUGACGACCCAUAUUUUAUUUUUUUUUUACCUGUAAAGCCAAGACCAAGGAUCAAACACUUCAAGGGUUUUUCUGUCCUGCGUCAUGAGAUAAAUCCACUUUAAUGCACGUUGCACUUACCCGCCCGGGCCUCUGGACGGGGACAACUAAAGACGACCUCAGAAGUAUUUGUGUUUCUGGCUCGAGUUGAAUUUUAGAUUUUUAGUUGUGAAUUUUGCGCUUGCAGGAUUAACGCUUCCAAUUGUUUGUAUUUAUCGUUCUUUUUUUUUUCUUUUUUUGCCAAUUUGAUAUUUGGUACGUGCCAUCCAAUGGUGCAAUAUCCGUGUUAGUCCUCAUUAAGGAACUGUGUCAUCCUCUGUUUGUUUAUUUAUUGCUUCGCUUCAUGAACACUAUAUACUUGAACACGACGAGCUGGAAUUCUCUCCGGCUGUAAUGACGAGUUUCAGCUUGUUGUUGAUUCGCUUUAAGAGCCUGCCAGUUUAUAUUUUGUUCUGUUGUAUGUGUUGUUGUUUUUUUUAUCCUGAAAUACUGUAAAGAAAUAAAUGACUUAACUUGGUGAUGUUUCAUUUGCUGCGACGGCGGUGGUGUAAAAGUUUGUAUUCUGAAUAUAUGGGUAUGUAAGAUUUAAUAAAUAGAAGAAAAGAAGUGUUAUA